UCUAUAAUUAAAAGUUAAUAUCAGUGAGUGGUAAUGGAUAACCAGUGGUCAUUUUAUUUUUCUCUACUUGUUCUUAUUGCUAGUUUACUACUAAUUAAAAAAGUAGAGCCAGUAAAAAUAACAUCUGUUGAAAUUCCGCGAGUGGUUAGAGCUGGUACAGAAGAACCAACGAUUCUUGACUGUAAAUAUGAUUUGGAAUCAUCGACAACAGCUGCACUCGUUGUCAAAUGGUAUGUCGACCAGGAGCUUCUAUAUCAAUGGAUUCAUAACUCAACGCCCAAGGGAUCCGAUGAAUUUUUCAAAUUUAUCGAUGCGACAUAUAAAGCCAGCAAUGAUCCAAAUACAAUGUAUAGAGCGGUUAAACUUGUCAGGCCAAGUCAUGAACUUUCUGGUAAAAUAAGAUGUAGUAUAUCAACUCAAGAGGAUGAAACAGAUGCUUCCGAAGAUAUGUUAGUUUAUUCCCCAGAAACGGUGUUCCGGUUAUCAGAUCCAACGAUAAAUGAAGAUUCCACCCAACUAACCACAAAGUGCUUAGCUGAAGACCUUUAUCCACUUCCUACGAUAAAGCUUUUUCAAGACAAUCAGCCAAUAAAAAAACAAAAGCAAUAUUACAAAAAUAAAACGGAUGGUCGAUACAGUGUCGAGGCCGUUGCAACUUUGUGGAUGGACCAAAUUAAAUUACCUACAACAUUUAAAUGUGAAUUAUUUAUUAAAGAAGCUAAUUAUACUUCUAUUAAAACAUACGUAUACAAUGGUGGGUUUGCUCAGUCCAAUGUCUCGAUACUCUUGAUCUCCUUGAUUAUCGGAUUCUUGUUGGUCACCACCACCAUCACCACCCAGACGACAACGCAAAUCAACAUUAUGGUCUACCAUUCAAUUAAUAAGGUAGGUGUAUAAAUUAAUUCUGC